CCGGUGCUAUCAAUAAAAGGUCGUGUUUUUCCAUAAAGAGCACCGACUGGUGGUACGGAGGAUAACCUGUUUUUGGUAUUUGAUGAGAUUAAAUUUGCAUAUACAGUUCCCUGGUUUGUCGGGAUCAAAAACAGUUUUGAGUGAAGAUCUUACCAGAAAGCCGAAACAAUUAACUACAAAGAAGGCAGAAAUGUUGCACUCCAAUCUAAGGGACUGCAAGGCAUGGCAGGAUGUAGGUCUUCCCCUUUCCACAACCAGCAAUGAGGCUUGCAAAAUGUAUGAUGCUUUUCUGACUCAGUGGGUAACUUGGUCUAAUGAUGCCAGUCUUGGAGGGAUUGAAGGUUGUCAGUCUCGAUUACAAGCUGCAGAUCCAGACUUUGUGAUGGGGCAUGUAAUUAUAAAUGGGCUGGAGCUGAUUGGAACAGCACGGUCUGUUUUACUGGAUAAGGAUCUGGAUACUUCAAUCAAGAGGAUGGUUGAACUUUCAAAGACACAACAGAUGACUGAGCGGGAACGUUUACAUGUGGAGGCAUUGAGGAUGUUUGCAAAGGGGUCUCUUCCUAAAGCAUGUGACACCUGGGAACAGAUACUUUUGAACCAGCCAACUGAUAUGCUGGCAUUGAAACUAGCACAUGAUUCCUAUUUUUAUCUGGGAUAUCAGACACAGAUGAGAGAUUCUAUUGCGCGAGUCCUUCCUCACUGGACACCAAAAAUUCCACUCUAUGGCUAUUUGAAAGGAAUGUACUCGUUUGGGCUGGUGGAGACAAACUUUUACAAUCUGGCAGAAAAAACAGCCAAGGAGGGAUUAGCUUCGAACCCGACUGAUGCCUGGUCUGUUCAUUCCCUUGCACAUGUGCAUGAGAUGCGUGCAGAUGUGGAUGGAGGAUUAAAGUUUAUGGAAGAGACAGAAAAAAACUGGAAGGAUUCUGACAUGCUUGCUUGCCAUAAUUACUGGCACUGGGCACUCUACCAUAUUGAAAAGGGUGAAUAUGAAGCAGCUCUCACAUUCUAUGAUGACUAUAUUUCCAAAAGCUGUUUCACGUCUGGAUCAAUGCUGGACAUAGUGGAUGCAUGCUCUAUGUUGUUUCGCCUCCAAAUGGAAGGUAUUUCUGUUGGCCAUCGUUGGAAAGAACUUGUCAAAGUUACCAAGAAUCACAGCAAGGAUCACAUUCUCAUCUUCAAUGAUGCCCAUAUCCUCAUGUCCCUUCUUGGAGCUAAUGACAAUGAGACAGCAGCUCAAGUCAUCUCAUCAUUGCAAGAACUCUCCCAAAGUCCCGGUGAAAACUGUCAGUACCAGCUUUGUCAAGAUUUGGGACUUCCUCUCUGUCAAGCAAUAAUGGAAUUUUCAAGCGGAAAUUACAGUCACACUGUAGAUCUGUUAAACCCAGUUCGUUACCAAAUCCAGAAGAUUGGUGGUAGUAACGCACAGAGAGAUCUCUUUAAUCUGUUGCUGAUCAAUGCCGGUUUAAAAUCGGACAACAAGUUUCACAAGAAGCUAGCUCGGUACAAAGUUUGUAAUACGGUGCAGAAUGGGCUGGUUGGUAGAAGAACUCUGUCAUAAAGCUUUUGAUUGUGUUUGCUGAUGGAGCGAGAUGCCCUGAGACCAAACUCUCAAAUGACUGAAAGACUUAUUCGCAAAGCUACAGCGUUGCACUAUGUAGAGUAAAUCAGGAUAUGUGCAACAACAUAGAAGAGGAUAGAUUAGUUUGCCAUAAUUGAAAUCUGUCAGCAAUUAUUGAUUAUUAUUAUGCAGAAGAUGAGAGAAGGGAAUGGCGGUAUAGGGAAGGAAAAGGAAGACUAUGAAGAGAUAACAAGAGGGAAUACAGGAAUGGUGUAAAUGGGGAGCUGGAAAGAGAAAAGAAUAUUGGGAAAGGAAGAAGCAAGUGGACAAAGAUGCAUGGAUUGGGAAAGUGGGGUUGGGGAAGAAAAACGCAAACAACAGGAAUUCUGCAGAUGCCGGAAAUUCAAGCAACACGCAUAAAAGUUGCUGGUGAA